AUGACUGAUCGCGUAGGUUUUAGAGGAGGAUUUGGUAGUGGCGACAGAGGUGGUCGCGGUCGUGGUGGAGCUGGUGAGCGUGGACGUGGUCGAGGGCGAGGUCGAGGAGGACGUGGGGGAAGGGGUGGUAAAGAGGGAGGGGACAAAGAAUGGGUCCCAGUUACAAAAUUAGGUCGUUUGGUCAAGGACCGAAAAAUUACGUCACUUGAGGAAAUCUACCUAAAUUCACUACCUAUCAAAGAAUUUGAGAUCAUUGAUAUGUUGUUAUCGAAUAUGAAGGAUGAAGUUCUGAAAAUUAUGCCAGUACAGAAACAGACUCGUGCAGGACAGCGAACCCGUUUCAAGGCUUUCGUAGCUAUUGGAGACCAUAACGGUCAUGUAGGUUUGGGAGUCAAGUGCUCAAAAGAAGUGGCAACUGCAAUUCGUGGAGCAAUUAUUGCAGCCAAAUUAUCAGUAAUUCCAGUUCGACGCGGGUAUUGGGGAAAUAAAAUUGGUCAACCUCACACCGUACCGUGCAAAGUUACAGGAAAGUGUGGGUCAGUUUUGGUGCGUCUUAUUCCUGCUCCAAGGGGAACUGGUAUUGUUUCAGCUCCUGUACCUAAAAAAUUACUACAAAUGGCUGGUGUAGAAGAUUGUUACACGUCAGCUGUUGGACAGACUGCUACUCUGGGCAAUUUUGCUAAAGCUACCUAUGCUGCGAUUCAGCGAACGUAUUCUUAUCUAACUCCUGAUCUAUGGAGGGAACACAUAUUGGAAAAAACCCCUUACCAGCGUUAUUGGGAGUUUCUUGCUCAAAGUGCACCUGUUCGAGCCUGA